AUGAACCUUCUUCGAGGAGCCGUGACCAUUGUAUAUCCCAUGCAAUUGCCGCCCCACGAUACAAUUCGUAUGGAGUUCACCAACACCGAGGAUCUGAGUGGCACCCAGGCCUCCAAGGAGGUAAUAGAGCCCUCCAAGGCUCAGUUCUGGUUUGCAGGACGCCAGAUGCUGAUGGGAAAGCUCAUGAGCGACUACUUGGGCCAUAAUGACAAGACCAAGGUAGUGGUUAAGCUUAAUCAACUUGGUGACGGACCACCGGCACGUGAAGCUGUGAUCUCCGAUCCCAUGCGUCAACAGAUGAUGGCCGAAGCCUUUCGCCGCCAGGAGGAACUCAAGGCGCAUCUGCUGGAACUAUUAGAAUGGGGAUCGGGUAAAUAA